AUGGGAGUUACACGGCGAAUUCCAUUAUUAUCCGAUGAAAAAAUUUAUGACUACGGCGAAUUCGUUCUUUAUGAUAAUGAUAGUGGAAAUGAGAAUAAUGAAAAUCAAGAAGAAUCUGGAGAACGCGAACCGUACUCGAAAUGUUUCAGUCGUGAUUUACUUGUUAAGGAUUUAUUAAACAAACGGAACUGUGGCAACAGAAAGCUGAGGCGUCGAGAGAAUGAGUUGGCAUUAUUUUCUUAUGCGGAUGAUGAAAUUUAUUUUGAUUGUUCUGAUUUACUACCGAAUAAUGAAACGUCAUUUGAUUUGCUUUUAAAUGAUGAGACAAAAAUGAAGAUUUGGAUCGACUUUAUUGAGAAAAAUGAGGAAGAACAGAAUGAAUUUCUUUUCGGUAUUGAACAUUCGUACAAGAGAUCAGCUUCAAAUGAUAAAAAUGAUAAUGAAAAUGGAACUCGUAAUCCGUUGUAUAGUGCUGACGCUUGUUUUGCUCGUUUACCAAUUCGUUUCAAAAAAUUAUUUAGAAAAAGGAACAUUCCUAAAGUAUUUUUUUUUCAUAAUUAUAGAUUACGACAAAUCGAUUUAUAUGAAGCAAAGGAAGAAAAAAUAAUGAAGGAAAAAAAUUUAAUUAAUGAAAACGAAGAAAAACUUCGCUCGUUCUUUCUCUCUGUGAAAGAUAAGUCUGAGGAAUGGAUUUCACCAGUUAUUCCUUGUUCUUUCCAGAGAUUAAUUCUGCAUGGUGUUUCUCGAUAUUUAUUGUUAAAUUCAUAUGGAGUUGGUAUCCAUCCUGAACGAAUUAUAAAAGUACGGAAUUUGAAACCAUAUUUUGUACCGCCUCACGAUACAUUAGUCGAUUAUAUUUGUAAAAAUUGA